GUGAGUGCACACCUCGCUGUUGGCUGUCAGCUGGUCUGAAUUAGCACCUUAAUUAACGGCUUUAGUAAAUGACUAAACAAUGUCUGAACCAGCCGAUAAAGCAGACCAAAGAAAGCCGGAGUUAUGCCUGAAGGAGAUAUGUUUCCGUGCUGUCAGGAAACACUUUGCCUCUCUGAGCACUGAGGCUCUUCUUAAUCUUCCAAAGCCUCUCAUUGAGGAUCUUCUUCCUCAUUUGACUGUAUGUCAGCUGGAUGAGCUGCAGCCUGAGCUAAAUCAAAGAGGGAUAUCAACUUAUUCUGGAUGGGCCGGAGUCCUACAGGACAUGUGUGGACCUAACCAUGCAGUGGACGUACACACAGAGGAAGAGGCCAGACAUGAAGUUAUGAAAUUGCUUUUUACACUCGUAUUUUAUGACGUCACGAACGCCUUUGUCAUGAGAAACAGCAAAAAUUUAAACACACCAUCCUUCCUGUGGGCUGCUGCUAAAAGUAUCCAACAUUUUAAACUCAUCACAAGCUCACAUAAAGCCCUUCAGAGUUUAACUGCUGAGCAGCGGCCUCUUCUGAACGUCCUAGAGAAGCACAUCAGGAGUGUGGGAGUGUCGCAGUCCAUAGAUCUAUCAAAGAGGAAGACACAAACUGCGUUGUACGUUCUCCACCGCUUGCUAGACCACGGGGUGGCUAAAAAACUUGUCAUUCAUGUGCAGUGUCCCAUCGCGCUGGCCUGGCUCUUGCAUGGAAGGGGAUCUCAGUAUGUACAUCAUAAACUGAAGCAUCUCGUGCAAAGCAAAAUGGAAGGCUGUAUUUCACAAGCUGCUUCAGCCAGUGCAGACGGGGCUAGUUGCAGACCAGGUCUUGAGACCACGUCUUCAGAGGAUAAAGAUGAUCAUGUGCCCCCCUGCAAACGCUCCAAGCUGGAUGAGGCAACUGGGAAAGCAGACUUUACUGUGGACCCGCAGGUUCUCUGUCGAACCUUCACUCCACGUGAUGGUCCCUCAGCGGGGGCUUGUCCUUUCGGACAGAUCAGUUGUCUGGAGAUCAGGCAGUGUGGGUCCGACUCCCUGGGAGUGCUGAACUGUGCCUUGCCCACGUUUUUCUGCCUUCGCUCUCUGACUCUUCACAGCUUUUCAACCUUCUUGGACUCUGAUAUGUUGGGCCUGGCGAGCGCCCUGCAGCAGCUGUCUGAGAGCUCCCACAGCUCUCUCACCGAGCUGAACAUUGGCGUCCUGCCGCACACCAAGUUCACAGAGAUCCUGCUGGAUGCAAGCCCCGCGGUGACGUCCCUGCACCUGGAGGUCCAGACUGUGAUGUGGGGACCAUGCCUCUUACCAAAUUAUCCUAGGACUCUUGAGCCAGACAUCUCAGAGCUGUCCCUGGAGAAGCUGACGGUCAAAGUAGCCGAGCUCCAAACAGAUGUGCACUUCAUCUUAUCUGUGCUGAGACGCUCCCCACAUCUCACCUCACUUCACUUAGCUGGGAUGAGGUUACCGACCAGCUCCUCUGUGAGCCAGCUCCUCACCACGCUCUCAGAGUCAAAUCACCGUUUGAAGAGUCUCAGCCUGGAAGACAUGAAGCUGUCUGACUGUGUCCCUGAGAUCCUGACCCUGCUGAGAAGCUGCAAGUUGGAAGAGCUGCGGUGUAACGACUGCCGCCUUCUCGAGAAGUGGAGUGACAAGGAGGAGGGUUUGCGGCGGCUGGUGGCUGCUCUGAAGACGGUGCCUUCUCUCCACACGCUCAGCCUGGCUCAGAAUCGGCUAGCCAAGAACGUGUGUGUGCUGGCAGAGCUGUUCUCAGGAUCCUCACCGAGCUCAGUGAAACGACUGGACAUCAGGGAUGAGCGGCUCUGAUAAUUGUCUUCCUAGCAAUUAGAGAAGAGACUCUUGAUUUUGUUCAUGUCACAUAUGUACUUUGAGUUCCCUGUUACCCAAAGAAUAAACAUUGGGUGAUUCAGGGUAAAAUUCCCUGUCGUCCUGUGGAGUCAAUGUCUGAUAGAAUUUUUCAAAGAGACGAAAAAGACAGAAGAAAAUCCUCAACAGAACAGACUGAUAGAAGACAAUGUAGUGGAAAAAACUGCCUUGCAGAAAUAUUUUCCAUCACCAGGAAUAUUUAGCUUUUAGCACUGCACUAAGACUUCAUCCCAAAUCAUCAAGAACAUCAUUACUCAGCAUUUUGAAGGAGGCUUGCCCUAUUUGAAAUCAGCCAUUCCACUGUCCAGAAAAUAGUCUACAAGUGCAGGACAUUCAGAGCAACUGCCAACAUGCCCAGGUCUGGAUGUCCAAGCAAGUUCACCGCGAGAGCAGACCGCAAGAUGCUAAAAGUAAUCACCAAAAACCCCAAAGUAUCAUCAUGGGAACCUACAGCAGGCUCUUGCAACUGUUGAUGUGAAAGUGCAUGCCUCUACAAUCAGAAAGAGACUACACAAGUUUAACUUUCAUGGGAGGUGUGCAAGGAGGAAACCUUGGCUCCCUAAGAAAAACAUGAAGGCCAGACUGAAGUUUGCCAGAGAGAACGUAGACAAAGACCAGGACUUCUGGAAUAAUGUUCUUUGGACAGAUGAGUCUAAAACUGAGCACCAGAUUUGGGCACCAGAACAGAGGACGUGUCCAGCAAAUAUAGCAUUCCAGGAAAAGAACCUUAUACUAACUGUGAAGCAUGGAGGUGGAAGUGUCAUGGUUUGGGGAUGCUUUGCUGCAGCAGGACCUGGCCAGCUCACCAUCACAGAGGAUCUUAAUCCCACUGAGAUGCUUUGGGGUGACUUGAAAUGGGCUGUCCGUGCAAGAAACCCCUCAAACAUCUCACAGCUGAAAGAAUUCUGCGUUGAGGAGUGAUGCAAACUUUCCUCAGACCAAGGUCAGAGGCUGGUAGAUGGCUACAAGAAGCGUAGGGUAACACAAGCUAUUGGGGGUAGGGUGUCCUCACUUUUUCCUCAGAAUAUGCAUUUUUGUUGAU